UUCUCGGCCCAGUCUCUGUCCUGCGUCUGAUCCAAGAUGGCGGGUCGUGGCGGAAGAGGGAGAGGUAAGGGAAGGGGCUUUACUUUUGAUGUCGGAGCCCUUGGCUUCGGAAGAGGAGAAGCCCUUCCCACAGCUAUCGUACAACCGCCGCCCCUAUUCCCGCCACAAGAAAAGAAGCCUCUUCCCUUGAGAUCUUCCACUGCUGACGAUUAUCUACUUGCACUUAAGCAAGAGUUCAGAGGAUGUAUGCGGGAGUCGGCAUAUUUCCUCAAGCCCGACAUAGCUGAUAAAGACAUUGAACGAUAUUCUGAUCGCUAUAGAGAAAAACCACCUGAUGAGCCAACAAUUGAUUGGGAACCAGAUUGGAGAUAUUUUCCAUCAGAGCUGAAAAUAAGAGUGAGAAAGCGACGCUUACAUGUGAAUAGGGGAAUACUGCCAAAUGUAUCAUCUCGGCGGAAAUCAGAUGACGUCUCUGCCAAACUUGAGCAACUUGAGGAAUUGGUUAAUAAAGAAGACAACACCACACAAGGAGCCACUGGAGAAGAUGCUGCUGGCAACAGUGAUGACGACGAAGAGGAGGAGGAGGAAGAAUAUGAUGAGGAAGAGCAGGAAGAGGAAAAUGACUACCUUGUCUCACACUUUGAUGAUGAUGACGAUGUUGGAUAUGGUGAUGAUGAUGAUAAUGACGAGGGACCAACGUACUAAACAACAAGAUAUGGGAUAUGCAGCAUGGUUGACUUGCAUAUGUUCAUGGUGUUAGACAGACCCUUUCACGCCAUCUGUUUACUAUGAACCGCCAUGAGGUGCUAUGCCGAGGGUAGAAAAAGGUUGAGUACAACCACACCUUCUCCCAGUAUAGUUGACUAUGCACUGCAGUACAAGUAUCCCUCCAAUUCAGGACAGCUUUGGAGCACUCUGGAGCACGUGGUAGUCCUCUAAUACAGACGGCUUUGAUGCAGUCUCCACUAUCGCAUCAAAUCAGACAGCGAUGAAAUACUAAGUCCUCUCUUAAUUCGCGGCUUUGUUGUUGUGCGACGCGCUCUCUGUUGGCUAAAUUUUGAAACGUAUCUAUACCGGAUUCAGGAGCGGAUCAAGCCUUGAUAAAGGGGACUGUAAGAACAAAAGUUGUAUACUUUAUUUGUCAUUGUAUACGAAAAGAAGAGACACGGUUUUUACAUUUUUUACUAAAAUAAAAUUACGGACGUCCACACUACCGCUACAGACUUACACAGAAAAAUGCUUUAUUCGGUACCGCUCUUACCAUAAAGGGGUGUUACAAUUCAAAUUGUGUAAAUAUAUGAAAUAAUAAACAUUUACAUUGAUGGGA